AUGGCUUCAGCAACAGGCCGUGAAGCUGGCCCUAGUGGGUUGCGACCUACGGCAGCUUCCCCUGGAACACUGUCGCCGCACUCCACCUCCGACCCUCGAGGAGCUCAGUCGCCGAAAAUGUCUCUGCCAUCGCGACCGGGGAAGGGUACCAAGACACCGCCUAUUCAGGACAAGAUAUAUGAGCGCCAAUUCACAUUGAUGCAUUCUGGGAUACUGGGGGUGUUGGGGUGGAUUCUGUUUCUGCACGUUGCCGGGAUAUUCUUUUUCACGAAGGGCUUUCUUCUCACUCGGAUGGUAUUGGAAAAUAAAUCGACUUGUGAUGUUCUACCAUUUGACGACUCGUCGGUAUCGUCGGCUCGCAAAGGAAAUAAAGGGUGUUGGCAUGAUAAAUCGUUCGAUAAGGCUAUUGUGAUUAUUAUCGAUGCGCUGCGGUAUGACUUUACGGUGCCGUUUGCGACAGGGUCGGAGAGUGAAACGGCACACCUGUUCCAUGAUAACAUCCCCGUCCUCUACGAGACGGCUGUCAAGACCCCCGAGAAAGCUUUCUUGCUUCCCUUCAUCGCGGAUCCGCCUACCACAACUUUACAACGACUCAAGGGGUUGACCACCGGCACCUUGCCUACCUUUGUGGAUGCUGGCUCCAAUUUUGCGGGGACGGCGAUCGAUGAGGAUAACCUUGUUGCACAGCUCCAUGCGGCGGGCAAGACCUUGGUACACCUCGGUGACGAUACUUGGCAGGCUCUCUUCCCAGGGUACUUCGAUGCCAAUCUCACGAAGCCGUUCGAUUCAUUUAACGUCUGGGACCUGCACACCGUCGACAAUGGCGUCACGGAACACCUCUUUCCGCUGCUGCAUCCUGCCAACGCCACCAAAUGGGAUGUGAUCUUUGGACACUAUCUCGGCGUUGAUCAUGCCGGACACAGAUACGGACCUGACCAUCCCGCAAUGGCUGCGAAACUGCGCGAGAUGGAUCAAGUCAUUCGGAACCUGAUCGCGACGCUCGACGAUAAGACGCUUUUGGUGGUGAUGGGAGAUCACGGAAUGGACUCUAAGGGCGACCACGGUGGUGAAUCAGACGACGAAGUUGAGGCCGCUCUCUGGAUGUACUCGAAGAAAGGCAUCUUCGGUCGCACAAGUCCUGAAACUGCUAAUCCACCGGCCACCGCACGGGAACGGUUCGUGCCUCAAAUCGACCUCGUCCCAACCCUGUCGCUCCUUCUUGGCAUGGCCAUCCCCUUCAACAACCUUGGUUCCCCGAUUGAGGAGGCCUUCAUUGGUGUCGGUGGAAAGAACUGGAAGAACCUUGCCACUGUGAACCGACUGACUUCUGCCCAAAUCAAAAGGUAUCAGCAGGCAUAUGCGUCCUCGCAUGGUGCGGAUGACCGACAGGCACUUGAGUCCGGGGCGCUGUGGGAGACUGCAGAUGGUGCCUGGCAAAAGGUGGCUAAGGCCGGUAGGUCAAAUAUGGCUGCUCUGCGCUCGGCUUCCGACUUGCAUCGUCAAUACCAACGUCAUAUCUUACAAGUCUGCCGUAGUCUGUGGGCCAAGUUCGAUGUUACGAGCAUGUUGCAGGGUAUUGGGAUCUUGUUCGCCGCGAUCAUUCUCCUAGUGUUCUACGCCCGAGGGAUUCGAACUGCUCGACCGGAGCUCACACGUCCUCUGCUUUCUUCGGUCGGAGUGGGUUCUGCAUUGGGUGUUGUGGCUGGAGUCGGUCUGUCUUACGCUCACAUUGUGACCUCGCGAGCUGUCGAGUCAUCCGUUUUUCUGGCUGCUGUAGGCAGCAUUAUUGGCGGCUUUUGGGCUAUAUUUGGACACCCUGGACGACUGUCAUUGCCUCUUCCCGAUACUCUAUGGGGAUGGCUCGCUCUCGUUUUUACCAUAUCUCAAUCGAUUGGUUUCGCGUCAAACUCGUACACAAUCUGGGAGGAUGAAAUUCUCUUGUUUUUCCUGACUACCUUUGGAGUCGCCGCGGGAGCUUCCUCGAUGCGGCAAAAGUCCACAGCCGACCGAGUGCUGGGGGUCUAUCAUUCCAUUCUGUUUGUGAUUCUAGGCCGAAUCGCGUCUUUUGCACGCCUAUGCCGUGAGGAGCAAAUGCCGUUCUGCCGUUCCACCUACUAUGCGUCUGCUACCUCGUCGACAUCUGCACCGUGGCAACUGAUCAUCCCGUGCUUGGUUACUCUCAUCCUACCGGCCGUUGUCCGAUCCUUCUAUGCUGGGUCAAAAUCAUAUGAAGGAGCCGCAACGCUGUGGAUCGGCUUUGCCUUCCGGCUGGGUCUUGUGAUAACUUCAAUGUUCUGGAUGCUGGAGGCUGCCGAUGACGGUGAAUGGGGCUUUUUGAGCAAAGAGACUCUGAAAACCCUGCGCGUCUUCCUAGCUCAACUAGUCCUGGCCAUUGCGUUCGCCGCGGGAACCGCCGCGUUCAUCUACACCAAGCCGUGUGUGAGUAUCAGUGUCAGCCAAGGGGGCAAUGAAACCGAGGGCAAGGACCCUGUGCAACAGCCGGGCAGACGAACAGUGACGAUUCUUGGUUUCGGCAACGUGUACGGAACGCGGGCCUUUUUCCUUGUUAUCAACUUCUGCCUGGCCAUCAUCCUCAUGCAGAAGCCCAUGGGUCAGGGAGCUAUCGGCCUGCUCCUCUGGCAGAUUCUGUCCCUGCUUGAAAUCCUCGACACCAACGCCCUCGUCACAGGCAACUCGGCCAUCGGACCGGUCGUCCUCGGACUGCUUGGCUCCUUCUACUUCUUCAAAACAGGCCACCAGGCCACCCUGAGCAGUGUCCAGUGGGAGACGGCCUUCAUCCCUCUCUCAUCCGUCCAAUAUCCUUGGUCUCCACUUCUUGUGAUCUUGAACACCUUCGGCGCGCAGAUCCUCACCGCCAUCGCUGUGCCCCUGACGGUACUCUGGAAGCGGCCGCUGCAGCUCCAUGAGAGCGCUACGGCGGCCGGCAAAUCCGGCAGCCCCAUCACCCGGAUCCUCUCCGACGUCGCGCAGGCAGCAUGUACCUAUAUCCUCUACUUCGCGACGAUCAACCUCGCGACGACGAUGUGGGCGGGCCACCUGCGCCGCCAUCUCAUGCUCUUCCGGAUCUUCAGCCCGCGUUUCAUGAUGGGCGCGAUCGUUCUGGGUGUUGUGGACAUCGUGAUGAUCCUGUUUUCUGUCUUCGGGGUGCGGUUCAGUGUGCUGAGCGUGGCGGAGAUUUUCGGGUGGUAA